AGGUCUCGGUUCCAGCCCUUCGGUGAACGGUCUUUGUUGGCCUUGGUUGCCAUGGCUGUUCGUGCGCUCCUUCUUGCGCUUUGCCUUCAACCUGCUCGAAGCGUGGUUGGCACAGAUUCAUCGAGCUUACUGCAUCUGCCAACUUGCGUAGUCAACAAAAACUGGGCUGGCGUGAACUCCUACUUUGCCUGGGCUUUGGAUGUCGCGGACCAGGAGACCAUCCUCAGCAACAUGGAGAAGCGGGGCCUCAAGGUGAUGCGGAUUUUUGUGGCCACAGUGCCCCACCACUUCAAGGGCACAUCUGCGCAGUUUGUUCCGCACUUGGAGCCGGAUCACAUGGGGGACUACAACGUCACCGUGCUGAAUUUGAUCAACGACUUCAUGGUUAGGGCAAAGGCGCACAACAUCAAGCUUAAUAUCGUCUUGCACGACCGCUAUGCGUUGGGCUGCUGGUCCUGUGAUGGAUAUCAGAAGGACCUCGGCCUGAGCUGCAUCACCCCGCAUUGCGGGAAAGAGCCCAACGACGUCCGCAAGUUUUACACCGAUGCCUUAGCCAUCAAAAAGUUCGACGAGCGGUUGCUCAAGAUCCUGACAUAUGUGAACCCGACCUUCGGCAAGCCCUGGGGGCAUCUCCCAGAGGUGGUGGCGAUGUUCGCGCCGCAGAACGAGGCCCAAGGCCUGGACCCCCACUUUCAGAAGAACUGGACCUGCGCGCGUGCGGCCGUCAUGCGGAAGGUCAUGGAUCCCCAGAUCUUGAUCGCCACGGGCGGCGGCCGAACCUUCGAGGAAUCCUCUUGGAAGGAGCACUUCGAAUGCUCCGUCAUUGACGUGGUCACGCUGCACGACUACGAGGUCGCGAAUUGGACUCCUUUGAUGGAAGCCCUGGGCCGGGCAAAAGCCCUUGCUCUGCAGCACGGGAAGCGGGUCAUCUUCGAGGAGUUCGGCUCCAAGGACAAAGAGUACCGACCCGACUACUUCUAUUCCACCAUCACUGCUUCGGUGCACAUGGGCAUGCCGUUCAUGCCCUGGGAGUACAUGAUCCCCGGUGACACGAAGAGCGACGACUACGAGUUCGACACUUACCAGGCCAGCUGGGCAAUACUCGUCUACGGGGCGAUCAUUGCAAAGGAGUCGAAGGGCGCCUUCUCUUGGCCCAACAUCUUGUGAGGCAUUCGCGACAAAAUUGCUGCAACCAGGAGGGGUUUCAGGUUUGCCUGCCGUCCGCUGCCUUUCCCUGGGGCCAGUCUCGCGCCUUUGCAGCGUACCAUCACAGCUGACUGCCCCUGACUGCCCAAGCUUUGCCGGAGCCGGCUUCCUUUCUUGAGUUUAUUCAGUGGUGGCUGUUUGGGAUGCAUGGUACAGCCGCACAGCACAUGUCAGCGGAGCAAGUAGCUAGCGUGUGCCCGUGCUCAAGCAACUUGACA